UCCAUAUGGCAUCAAACAAAACCAAAGAUUUCGUGCUGAAUGCAUAUUUUGCUAAGUACUGCAUCCGCUCCGUCGAUGUUGGUCCCAUUUACGGUGAAAGGAUACGAAAAGGAAGAAAACGAAACUUAACUCCGUCGCUUACUGGAGCUCCGCAGUCUCCACCUGCCAUAAGAGCGGCUGCAGCUGUGUCGCCAGGACCGAGCUCGUUUCACUGAACAUUUCCUUUAACAAACACGUAUUUUAGACAAUCAUGAACAGCCUGAACCAACAGUAUGAGGAGAAGGUGCGUCCCUGCAUUGAUCUCAUUGACUCUCUUCGCUCUCUGGGAGUAGAGAAGGACCUGGCGCUGCCUGCUAUCGCCGUGAUUGGAGACCAGAGUUCGGGGAAGAGCUCCGUGUUGGAGGCGCUGUCAGGGGUGGCUCUGCCAAGAGGAAGUGGCAUUGUGACAAGAUGUCCUCUGGAAUUGAAGAUGAAGAGAAGGAAAGAAGGAGAGGAUUGGUAUGGAAAGAUAAGCUACCAGAACCAUGAGGAAGAGAUAGAAGACCCUGUAGAUGUGGAGAAAAAGAUUCGAGAAGCUCAGGAUGAAAUGGCUGGGGUCGGGGUGGGGAUCAGUGAGGACCUCAUCAGUCUGGAGGUCGCCUCUCCUGAUGUACCAGACCUGACGCUCAUUGACCUGCCCGGCAUCGCCAGGGUGGCUGUGAAGGGACAACCAGAGAACAUUGGAGACCAAAUUAAGAGACUGAUCCAGAAGUUCAUCACAAAACAAGAAACCAUCAGCUUGGUGGUUGUUCCAAGCAACGUGGACAUAGCAACCACAGAGGCUUUGAAGAUGGCCCAGGAAGUGGAUCCUGAUGGAGAGAGGACUUUGGGUAUUUUGACUAAGCCCGAUCUGGUGGACAAAGGCACAGAGGAGACGGUGGUUGACAUUGUCCAUAAUGAGGUCAUUCACCUGAAGAAGGGCUACAUGAUCGUCAGGUGCAGGGGUCAGAAGGAGAUCACAGAGAAGGUGUCUCUUACUGAAGCAAUGGAAAGAGAGAAAGCCUUCUUCCAAGAUCAUGCACAUUUCCACACUCUCUACAAUGAUGGCCACGCUACUGUUCCAAAACUGGCUGAAAAACUGACACUUGAGCUGGUGCAUCACAUUGAGAAAUCUCUUCCUCGACUAGAAGAGCAGAUAGAAGAGAAACUAGCACAGACUUGUGCAGAGCUGGAGAGAUAUGGCGAUGGAGUCCCGUCCGACACAGCUGAGAGACUCCUGUUUCUCAUUGAUAAAGUGACAGCAUUCACUCAGGAUGCCAUCAGUCUGACCACAGGAGAGGAACUGAAGUGUGUAGACAGGAUCAACAUCUUUACUACGCUCAGAAGAGAGUUUGGGAAGUGGUUUGCACAGCUGGAACACUCAGGAGAAAACUUUAACAGGAGGAUUGAGAAAGAGGUGGAGGAGUAUGAAGAGAAGUACCGUGGAAGAGAACUGCCGGGCUUCAUUAACUACAAGACCUUUGAGUUUAUGGUCAAGGAGCAGAUCAAACAGCUGGAAGAACCUGCUGUCAAAAGACUCAAGGAAGUAGGAGAUGCUGUUCGAAAGGCGUUCAUUCAGCUGGCCCAGAACAGCUUCGCUGGACUUCCUAACCUUGUGAAAACAGCCAAGGCGAAGAUUGAAGCCAUAAAAAAAGAAAAGGAGUCUACUGCUGAAUCCAUGCUGAGAACCCAGUUCAAGAUGGAGCUGCUUGUUUACUCUCAGGACAGAACCUACAGCGGCAGCCUGAGUGACAGAAAGAGAGAGGAGAAUGAGGAGAACGAGGAACUGCAUCGCACCUCAAGCAUUAGGCCCUCAUUUACAUUUGGGGCUGUUGUGCACAGCAUGGAUAAUCACGCAACACUUCAGGAGCUGAUGUUGCAUCUUAAAUCGUAUUACAAAAUUGCCAGCCAACGUCUUGCUGACCAGAUCCCGCUUGUGAUCCGUUACCAGAUGUUACAGGAGUCUGCCAUCCAGCUGCAGAGAGAGAUGCUACAGGUCCUUCAGGACAAGGAGAAUGCAGAGUUUUUGCUGAAGGAGGAUUUUGACAUUGGUAGCAAGAGGGCUGCUUUGCAAAGUCGCCUCAAACGCCUCACGCAGGCCCGCGCAUACCUGGUGGAGUUUUAGAAGUGGUCAAGUCCUGGCAGCAUGAGGCUAUUGUGCUACUUAUUAUUAUUAUUAUUAUUAUUAUUAUACAGUAGCAGACUGUAGAAUUGUUUUUGUACUGUGUUUAGUUUAUAAUGGACAGGUUUACGUCAGAUGUAACAGGUAGGCCGGAACAAGUCAAUGAUAGCAUGGAGGGGUUGCUUUAAAUGUGGUGUAAUAUGUACAGUAAUAUGUACUCCUAUUAAAUAUAAACUAAAUGUUCAAUAGUUUAAGUGUCUGUUGUUUCGCACAGCCCAAAUAGAUAAGAGCAAAAGAUUUACAUAUUUGUGACACUACCAGUUGGCAACUUUAAAGAAGAUCAUACAUGAACUGAUCAAUUACUAAAUUGUGAUCAAAAUGUAAUUUACUACAAUCAUGACAGUCCUUCUUCCAGGACCGCAAGUCUGAACUGUAUAUAAAACGAUGUGCUUUCACGUCAUCUCAAAAAAAAAAAAAAAAAACUGCUUCAAUAGCAAA